AUGUGCCUCGGACGCCGCCGGCCCGCGGGGCUCCCGGAGGAGGCCCCGACCCCGCCCGGUGCCCAGGAUCCCCAACUGCGUGUGGGGGCGAAGCCCCACCCCAUGCGCCCCAGUCCGGGGGGCCUGAUAUUCAGUCCAGAACUUCGGGGAUCCCUCGCGCCACCUCCGACUCCUAAAUUUGGGGACUCCCUGCCACCUCUCCAACCCCGGGUCCGGAAUUUCGGGAUCUCCUCGCGCCGCCUCCCUACCCCAGGCCGGGAACGUCGGGGACACCGCAGCCUCUUCCAACGCCCGGUCCGGAACUUUGGGAACCCCUCGCCCUGUGCCCUCUCCGACCCCGACUCCGGAACUUCGAGGCCCCCGCGCCCUCUCAAGCCCCGGAAUUUCGGGGCUCCCGAGCCGCCCCCAGCCUCCCUGUCCGGAACUUCGGGGACCCGCCGCGCCCUCCCCAUGGUCCUGGAACCUCUGGCCCCCCGCGUCCCCGGCGCAGGCUCGGACAGCCGGGCUCACCCUGCGGGCUCGGCGCCCCGCGAGUGUCCGGGCGCGAGUCGGGUGCUGCCCCGCGCCGCCGACUCCCCGCAGCCGGGCGCCCCGCUCGCUUGCUGGCUCCGGGGCCCGCGCCCUCCGCGCCUCCCGCCGCACCGCCCGCGCCUUUGUCUGCGCCUCCGCCGCCGCCCGCGCCGCCUCCGGUCCCAUCGCGGCCGGUCCCGACGCGGCCGCCGCCCGCCCCGCCUCCCCGGGCUGCCGAGGCCGCCCCGCAGCGCCCCCUGCCGGCCCUCCGUGGUGGCGGGGGCUGCUUCAGCUGUGCCGAGGAGUCUCGUCAUCUUCCCGGCCAUAAAGAUCUGCCAGGGGCCCGCACAACAGAGCAGCCAGGAGCAAGGAGAGCCUGGAGACUGCACCUGA